UUAACAACCAUCUGUACCAUCAUUAAUUAUGGUGCCUUAUCAGCACUUUUGCUUAUGAUACCGCGCUAAGAAACUACUAUUGGAGAAGGCCUUAGAAAUUCAUUAUCUGUUAGUCUUUUACAUUACAUGAUUCUGUAUCUGUAGCUUCUCUCCAGCUGUCAGAAUUAUUAUCUUUUACUUUGUGAUGCCCUCCGCUGCGGCACGACGACGGUCAUGGUCAUCUCCUUUCACAUUGCAUCAAAUGCACCGUGGUCAACACUCAUGGUCUUCUCGAGUACACCAUGGUCAAGGUCAUCUCCUUGACAUCGCACCAAAUGCAGCACUGCCACAUCCACAGGACCAUGUCCUUUCACAUGGAAUCAAAUACGCGUCAUAGCCACUCAGGUCCCGUUCCAGUUUUUUUCGGGUCAACUGUAAGUCUCUCUAGCCAUAAAUAUAUGCAUUAGGGAGGCAGCCAUGAAAUUAAGUGUUACCUAGAAUAGAAGGCAUGCACUGCUGCCUGGCCUCAACUUCUAUAGUGCAAGGUUGUAGUGUAGAACCGUCGAUCGAUCAUGGGCAUCUUGGUAUUGGUUAUCUCUGUGUUGGUACUCGGGUCACUAGGAAAGCUAACAGCUCUGUCAUUCCUAGUUGUCACAAGCCAGCAGACUCCCAAGGGAAACUGGGCGCAACCAUCACGUCUUGGUUUCACGCUUGAUGGCUGCCCAACGAGCUGCGGCACUGUGAUCUUCACCUAUCCCUUUGGCAUCGGGUCCAGAUGCUCCCGCGGGCCUGACUUCAACCUCACCUGCAACGACGCCACUCAGCCCCCCAGGCUCUUCUUGCGCGACGGCAUCACCGAGGUGACUGACUUUGGCGAUCCUGUUUGGAACUCAAACUUUAUAUGGACCUCCUUCUCUCAUACGAUCCCCAUGAAACCUGGUGUCAAUGUCUACAACUUGUCUCUGAAACCGCCUGGGAGGUCCUUCCAUCUUUAUUCUGUUGAUCUAAACAUCACCGGCUGUGACCUGGAGGUGUACUCUGUUGAAGAGAACGCCAUCCGGUCGAUCUGCGCAACUGUGUGCCCAGAUCCAGAAAUCACAGAGAUGGUAGCUAUGCACAACUGUGAUGGCUUUGGAUGUUGUCGUGUACAAGUGGAAAACUAUGCCAGCACUCAUAAGUUCAAACUUGUCCACAACAUAAAAAACACGAGCACAGGCUCCAACCAGACCUCUCAGUUGUGGGAUAAAAUCAGCAUAACUACUGAUGGCUUAAAGCUCUCAUGGGAUAUAGGGAAUCAAUCUGCCUGUGUUGCCUGUAUCAGUGACCAUGCUGAGUGUGGCUACAACUACGCUGCAGAUGACCCCUACAUGACAUCAAGAAGUGGCUACAACUGUUUCUGCAACGAUGGAUAUACAGGCAACCCCUACAUUCCACAUGGCUGCUCCAACAAUGACAAAGGGUAUAAUCCGAUUCUGAGCAGGGCUGAUUGCAACCGUUGGUGUGGUAACAUUAGUGUGCAAUUCCCAUUUGGCUUCGAAGAGGGCUGCUUUGCCAGGGAAGAGUUUCACUUCAACUGCACAAAUAGAACAUCAUCCGCUUUCUUGUUGCAUGAGGAUUUGGAGAUAAUCGGCAUGGAUGUUAAUGAAGGGACCUUUAAUGUCACCGUUGCGGACCAACGAUUGGGGGAUCCCAUGUCUGAUGGACCAGAACGAAGCGGUCUUUUUUCUGCAUCGGGGUUAUUUCUCUCUGUCAAAUGGGUUGCUGCUCAUCUAAGUUGCGCAGAGGCCCAACGGAAUAGGUCGGGAUAUGCUUGUGUGAGUAUCAACAGCAAGUGUGUGGAAGUAAGCGCUGAUGAGAGGUUCUAUGCUGGUUACCGUUGCAAAUGCUCAGAUGGCUUCCAAGGAAAUCCAUACAUCCAAAGUGGUUGUCAAGAUAUUAAUGAAUGCCUUCAACCGAACAAAUGUAAAGGGUUCUGCCAUAAUACCAAAGGAAGCUUCAGGUGUACUAGUUGUCCUAGCAAGACUAAGUAUGAUCCAUUGAAAAUGCAGUGUACUAAGCUAAAUCAGCCUCUACUCUUAGGUAUUAUUAUUGGGUUGUCCUCUGGUUUUGGUGUUCUACUUCUGAGCUUCAGUGCAGUACUUCUCACGCGUAGGUGGAAAAAGAAUGUUCAGAAGCAACUACGGAAGAAUUAUUUCCGGAAGAACAAAGGUCUUCUCCUACAAAAGUUGGUGUCCUCUGAUGAGACUGCAAAUGACAAAACAACGAUUUUCUCAUUAGAAGAGCUUGAGAAGGCAACAAACAGCUUUGAUCCUACACGUGUCAUUGGCCGUGGGGGCCAUGGCUUGGUUUACAAAGGCAUGUUAUCAGAUCAACGUGUGGCUGCAAUAAAAAAGUCUAAGGUCAUAGAGGAGUGUGAGAUCAGUCAAUUCAUCAAUGAGGUCGCGGUCCUCACUCAGAUAAAUCACAGAAACAUUGUGAAGCUCUUUGGAUGUUGUCUCGAAACGGAGGUUCCAUUGCUGGUGUAUGAUUAUGUAUCCAGUGGCUCACUUUCUGAAGUUCUCCAUGCAGAUCCAAAUAAUGGUGUUUCUUUGUCUUGGGGUGAUUAUUUAAGGAUUGCCUUGGAAACAGCUGGUGCUCUGUCUUAUCUCCACUCUUCAGCUUCAAUAUCUAUCUUCCAUCGGGAUGUGAAGUCCUCAAAUAUACUCUUGGAUGUGAACUACACAGCUAAAGUUUCAGAUUUUGGCGCAUCAAGAUUGGUUCCUAUUCAUCAAACACACAUUGUCACGAAUGUGCAGGGUACAUUUGGAUACUUAGAUCCAGAGUAUUUCCACACUAGACAGCUAAACGAGAAGAGCGAUGUGUACAGUUUUGGUGUGGUACUAGUGGAGUUGCUUCUUAGGCUGAAGCCCGUUUUUACAAGUGAAUCAGGCACAAUCCAGAACUUGUCAAAUUAUUUUCUCCAGGAGCUCAAGGAGGGGAGAAUCACAAGUAUUGUUGAUUCUCAGGUCCUUGAGGAGGCAACUGAGGAAGAGAUCAACGGUGUUUCCUCUCUUGCAGAGCUUUGUUUAAGACUGCAUGGUGAAGAAAGACCCACCAUGAAACAGGUGGAGAUGGAAUUGCAAAAUCUGCUAACAAAACGGGUGAACUCAUGUCAAGCUGAUCCAAGUAAUGAAGAGAAGAUGCAACAAAUUCCACUAACUCGAAGAAGAGCUAGAACUACUCGCCAAUCUUCUGCAGCGGAAUUGGGAGAGAGAGUUGACAUGCGUUCAGGAGACAGCCAACGAUGUUAUAGCUUGGAGGGAGAGUUCAUGUCAUCUGCUAGCUUACCACGUUAGACGAGUCUGUUGAGAUCACGUAAUAGGUCAAUUUAUGGCUAGAUAAUUUAGGGCAUAAUGAUUGUGUAACUUUCCAAGGUUGGAAUUAUGCCCGUUUAUGUAUGUAACCUGAAUUUUAUUACUUUGAGAUGUGGAGUGAAUCACUGGCAUGUGUAUGGUGUUAAUGAGACUAGGGUCUUUGGA